AUUUACGCCGACGAUUCCGACCAGCGUACCGCCGAUCCCGGCGUUAUGGUUCGCUGUAGAUAAUUUCGCCAUUAAACUGAUCGCCUUUUUUGCGCUCCCGCGCGCGUGUGUGUGUGUGUAUGUUAGUGUGCCGCCUUGUUUUUUUUUUGUUCAUCUCAAUCUUUAAAGACGCUUAGCUUCGUGGUGUAUUUUUACUGCUCACUGAAACGCCAGCGGAUAAGCUGCGGAGGUUUAAAUUUAACGAUCACGCACCAACUUGUGUGUGUGUGUGUGUGCGUGAGUUUGUGUCCGGAAUCGGGUAACCGGGAGCGUGAAAUGAGUUAGUGAAAUAUUGAUGCCAGUUUGUCGGUGAAGGAGACGGGCAGCAACAUUGUUAGCGUACGCCACUGACGUUUUGGGCCAUUUGUCAUGAUUGAGCGUGAACGUGUCCGAACGGGGCACGAUCGAGUCGGAGUCAGCGAUGGGAAUACAGUGGUAGGGAGCGCUAACAAAGUGUAUUGAGGAAUUGUAAAGACGAGGUGUGGAUAGAGUGAGAUCUCCCUAAGGUGUUCCUCUAUGGUGAAGCUACAGCUUAAAGAGACAUUCAUCCUAGUGAAACUACUACGACAGGUUGCUAUGGAGUGUGAAAGAAGCUGAAAUAGGACAUCCUCUGAAUGCAGCUAUGAACUGUGAGAGCUAAGAUUUACUCUAGCCAAGCCCUAGAAUACAAAUUCUUCUUAAAAUUCUUCUCAAUUCUAAAAAAAAAUCACGAUCGGAUUGAGGUCUCCGUUUUAGCACAGAAUGAAGGCAUUAACUGAAGCAUUGGCCUUGAUCUUACCAGAGCUCUGGAUGUAGUUCAAGGGUCAUGCAAAUACUACAGGUCAAUCUGUGAAGGAUACAUUGGCAGAGUGUUGUUUUAGAGUAGGAAAGAGUUCAUUGAAAGUCCUCGACAAACAAGGCACAUUGUGACAAUCAUAACCAGAACCAUAGUUUCUUUCUCUAUAGCCUUAAAUGUUUGAUAUAAAACGCAACCUCACUUGGAGAUCUUACGAUCGUAGUAGUUAGCCGUGGCCUAAACUCUUUUUCGAAUGCCAGAAGUAAAAGUGUGGAUCUGUUCUGUUCUACUUUAAAGUUGUAACGUCUAGCAGCAGUUUUGGAGCAAUCAGAUUGAAGCAUCAGAAAAUUCAACUCAAAGAGAAGACCUUCAUUAAAAAUCUUAAGAGCGAUAAACUCAAACACGCACAGAGGCUGAACAACCAGCAGUCAAACUAAGCGACCAGAACUCCAAGAUCGCAAGAAUCGCCCCGAAAAAAGACCCUUUCUACCCACACAACGAACAAAACAUGGUCAAAGCUUGUUACAGAUGGCUGGCAGAUAGUGUACAAACGGGGUAAAUCACAACGAUCGUGCAUGUACUUCCCAGCAAAAACGAGUUCCAAAAGAUCUAUAAAUAUUCAACCAUCAGUCGGCGGAUACACUUACGCCGCAACAUGGCAGCAACCGUGCAUAGACUCAUCUCACCAGUAGUUUGCAGUGGCGUGAUACUGUUCGCGCUUAGCUUUGCAAAGGGUGAAUUUGCCGUACAGUUUGGCGAAUCGUUCAAAGCGUGUCCGGACGCGCUGGACAGUGAGCUGAUGCUCGAUCUGUCCGAGCUGCAGGUCAUACCGGACGAAAAUGACAGCAUGGUACUGAACGGUAUGGUGCGCCUGAACCGUGCGCUGGAAAGUCCCGUCGAGAUCAACGUGUACACCAAACGGCUGGAGCAGGGCACCUGGAACGAUGCGCUGCUGGGCCGCAAGGUGCUGGACCUAUGCCCGCUGCUGCAGGUCAGCACGGAACCGUGGUUCGUCAUCACCAGCAUGAUGGAGAAAAAGGGCUGCCCAUUCCCGGAGGGGCACACGGAAUCGUUUGCGAUGCUACCGGUCGGUGACUUUGGCAUUGAGAUACCGCCAGACUUCGUGGGCGACUGGAAGGCGUUCUUCGAGAUCACGUCGCAGGCCAAGAUGUCCUGCCUGAUGACGGAGUUUAGCAUCGUCGAGGUGUAGCCUAGAGAAAGAUUUUCCAUUGACAAAGUUCUUCAGCUGUGGCAGAAUGAAUGCUGGCAAAAAGGCAUCAGAUCAGUUCUAAUAAAAACCAUCAAAAACCUCUUCUUGCGAGACGAUGCUCGAGAUGUCAUUCCAGAAUUUCAAA